AUGAUACCUGUGUGUGUGUGUGUGUGUGUGUGUGUGCGCGCGUUUGCGUGUGUACCUUCUAUGCAGAAGGGUGUUGUACAGUCUAUGGUAUUAGUUUUGUUGUGACUGAGUGUGUGUGUGUGUGUGUGUGUGUGAGUGUGUGUGUGUGUGUGUGUGUGUAUGUGUGUGUGUGUGUUUGUGUGUGUGCCUGCGUGUGCCUGUGUGUAUUGUACAGGGUGAGACCAAAGUGAUGCUGCUCACAAGAGGAGUACUGUUGCUGUUUGAACUGCUGCUGGUCAUCAACAACUACAAAACUGCAGGCACUCUGUGUUUCGGGGGGCGAGAUGUGUUCACGUCGGUGUGGGAGAACAGCCCCGUGGGGUCGCUCGUGGCCAACCUCACCGUGACGGGGGACCCAGAGGUCCAGGAGAUCUUUCUGGAACUCACCGGGGACGAUGCUGAUUGGUUCUACCUGGACGGCAGGACCAUCAGGCUCAACAGCACGCUGGACCAAGUUCUGGACAGAGAGGUACAUGGUCCUGUCUUGAAGGCUGCUGUGAGCUGUUAUGAGAAUGAGACCCUUCAGAGUGAAAACGGACUUGUGGUUGAGAUUCUCAAUGAGAACGACAACGAACCCAUAUUCAUGAACAGCACCAUUCAGCCUCAAACCAUCAGUGAGUUGACAGCAGUGAACACGGUGGUGUUUGCACUUCAGGCGUCAGACGCAGAUGGGGACACUAUUAUAUAUCAAAUCGAUGAGUCAUCGCCUGAUGCAGAAUACUUCAGGACUGAACUGCCAAACAGCGGUCAAGUGCUUCUCAACAAACCCCUGGACUACGAGAGCCAAUCAGAACUGCAUCUACGCGUACACGCUGUGGAGAUGAACACUAAGGAGCAUCUCAAUGCCACUGCAACAUUAGUGGUUCACGUGCUGGAUGGAGACGACCAUUACCCACAAUUCCUGCCGUGCGCUGUGCUGCCACUGAGCGGUGGAGCGCAUGUGUGUGCCAACCCCGUCUACACCACCAACAUCACAGAGAGAGACCAGGAUAUCGUACUGGACUUCUACCCUGGCCCAGUGCGUGCUGUGGAUGGAGACAAGGGAUUACAUACACCACUGGUCUUCAGUAUCCUCUCAGGUGGUGAUAAUGGGAGAUUUGUGAUAGACAGCACCACAGGAGAGAUCACACUGACCAGACCGGUGGAGAACAGACUGCUGACCCCAUCCAUGAGGCUGAGAAUAAUGGCUGCACAGGUAGAUGAUUUGAAGAAGUACAGCGUUGCCACGGCGAUCGUGAGGGUCGUGGCAGAGAACCGCUUCCCUCCUCAGUUCCAGCGCCUGGAGUACCGUGCCUUUGUUACCGAGACAACAAGCCCCGCCUCCUUCGUCCUCACCUACGGCAACGAGCUGCUGAUCUUACUGGCCACUGACCAAGACUUCCCCAAUGGCAUGAACCCUAAGAUCCAGUACUCUUUGGAAACAGAAACUGAUUUGUUCUCCGUCACCAAGGAAGGAUUCCUCAUCGCCAGGGGCAAGCAGCCAAAGCCACCUCACACUCACCAGUUGGAGGUAUUGGCCACUGAUUUGGAGUCAGGGGAUGUGGCCAAGGCAUCCAUCAGAGUGACGGUUCUUCACCGUGGUCAGCCAGUGCCCCACAGCCCACUGGGUGAGGACGCCAUGUAUGGGCAGGGGUCGCCCGGGCGCGCGGUGGGCGUGAUGGGUCUGUGUCUGAUCCUGCUGGGCGCCGCGGUGUGUGUGCUCGUCCGCUGGCUCAGACGCAGGAAGAGAAGACAGGACCCUGCAGACCGCGCCAGUGUGGCACAGGGAAAACACCCCAAUGUGAGCUUGCGGUGGUUCCAGUUGGUGAACCACGGCCGGCCGGUCCCGCUGCUGGACGAGGUCUCGCUCCACAGCGAGGCGCUGAGCGGCGGCUUCGACGCGUCCCAGUCCGUGCUGCACGGCAAGGCGGGCGUGUACACCGUCACCGAGAGAGUCUCCAGCUCAGCCACACCCACCUCCGCGCCCGGGCCCGCCUCCUCCGCCAUACGCUCCAAUGGGAAGGCCUCCGACAAGCCCGUGAACAAAUCUGUGUCCUUCCAUCACGAGGUCAUCAUCAGGGCUGGCAAUGCUGGAGGGGUUCACACACACCCUGAGCGGGCGGCGGCAGACACAACCCUGACACACACACCCCUGCUCCCCACGUCUACAGGAAGCGCAGCAGAAGACACACACACGGCGGAGGAUCCAGGCCUGGGUUUAGACACCACCACCAACUCCAGUCUGGCAAGUCAAACCAUAGAUCAAGAACACACAAUCAAACUGGAUGAAUCGAUCACGAACGCAAGACAGGUGAGGUUUGAAGCUGGAGCUACUCUUGAGCAGUCCAGUCCAAACCAAUCUACUGUUGAGCAGUCCAGUCCAAACCAAUCUACUCAUGACCAGUCCAGACCCGACACGACGAACCCAGAUGGAUCAAAUCCAGCUACCGGUGAAGGAGAGCCUGAAGUAGUAGAGCCACCCAAGCAGCCUGAUUCUCCACCGCGCACGAGCCAAGACCAGCGAGACGCUCCGGAAACACAGAUGGAAAGGAUAGAGGAGGAGUGUAAUCCAGACGAGGCGAUGGCUGAUGAUCCACAGCGCAGUGACUCACGCAGGGACGAUCAAACCCUCCCUUCUGCACGCGCUCCAGAGGAGGUGAUGGCUGAUGAUCCACAGCGCACGGACGAUCAAACCCUCCCUUCUGCACGCGCUCCAGACGAGGUGAUGACGGAUGAUCCACAGCGCACGGACGAUCAAACCCUCCCUUGUGCACGCGCUCCAGACGAGGUGAUGGCUGAUGAUCCACAGCGCAGGGACAAUCAAACCCUCCCUUCUGCACGCGCUCCAGGAGCCCAAGGGGAAGGCGCUAACCCAGAGAUGCAACACAAAGAUGGUGUGGAGAAGACGUGUGGAGAAAUCCCCAAACCUUCAGCCGAGCUGGCUGCCCCAAGCCCCCCCACUGCAGAGGCACACAGCGGAGACGACACACUCACACACCCCGACACACUCACACACCCCGACACACCCAGUCGAGACGACACACUCACACACCCCGACACACCCAGCACCGGCCUCAGCUCUGAGGAGAAAACUACUGAUGCUGUCAGUCAAGGCACAGUUAACACAGACGACAUCACAGUUAACACAGACGCCAUCACAGUUAACACAGACGCCAUCACAGUUAACACAGACGCCAUCACAGAGAGGGCGGACGCCAGUCUGGAUGCGGGCGUAUCAGACAGAAGCACCCAGGGUGGUGAAAUAACAGCGUCCACAGAGCCAGGAGCUGAUGAGACAGGCGUGGCAAACACAAACACGCCACCUACAGGCCAAGACAGGAAAACCACUAACAUGCCAAUGCCAGAUAUCGUAAUCACCGGUAGCACAGACGCGGAAGAUGACGCAGACAUGGAGAAGUUCACAAAGAUCACCAACCUUGAUGAUGACGUAACAGACACGACCGGUACAGAUGGUCAGUGAACAGACUACUCAGGCCCCGUCAGUGAGAGACACACACACACACACACACACACACACACACACACAUAUACACUCGCCCCACCCCACCCACGAUGUAAAAGACUGAGCUCUGACUUCCAGAAGGAGGAAGGAGAGGACGAGUCCGCAAACACACACACACACACACACACACACACACACACACACAGGACGAGUCUGCUAUCACAUGCAGCUGGUGAAAAGGCCAGCUGCCUUUGCGCCGAACGACAAUAGAAAUGGAAUGGUGUGUGUUACCGUUAUACAAUAAAAAUGGAAUGGUGUGUGUUACCGUUAUACAAUAAAAAUGUAACAAGAAUAAACUCAAAGAACAUUAA